AUGGAUGACUUCGAUAGUGUCUCUUCAGAGUACUCCCCAGACGAGUCCCUGACGUGGCGGAGUGACCUCCUCCGCUGCCUUCGCAGCAUUCAGACCACCGGUGACUUUUCUUGGACCGACUCCUAUCACAUCUUUGUCAAUCCGGCUCUGGACAUUCCGGGCCAUGGAAAAGUUGCACUGCCCCUAUGUCCUCGCGUCGCGCACGAGAUCAAGCAAGCGUGCCGACUGGCGCCCUUCGGCAACGGCCAUCAAACCGUCGUUGAUGACUCGGUUCGCAAGACGUGGCAGCUGGAUCACACGCAGUUUCGACUCGCCAACCCGCACUGGCAAGCGUUCCUAGAAAGCGGUAUACUUGCUCCGGCCGCCCAGCGACUUGGCUUAGUCGGAGCCCAGGCGAAGCCACACAAGCUCCUCCUCUACGAGCCAGGGUCCUUCUUCAAGCAGCACAAAGACUCGCAAAAGGAACCUGGCAUGGUCGGCACCCUCGUCGUUUGCUUGCCCUCGGAGCACGAUGGUGGCGAGGUCCAUCUGUCGUUUAAAGAGGAGAACCGCACGUACGCAACGGGCCCAGGGUCCGAGUUUGACAUGACAGCUAUGGCCUGGUUCGGCGACGUCUCGCACCAAGUGAAGGAACUGAGGUCCGGUUAUCGCCUCGUGCUAACAUACAACAUUGUCGUCCCGACCGUCGAGGGCCCGAAAUCGGCCGCCUUCUUCAACACCCAGGUUGAGAAACUGCAGCGCAUCUUGAUCGAUUGGCGAGAGACGGACCAAUUCAACUGCCAAGUGUACUACCCACUUGACCACCAGUACAGUGAGUCGAGUCUGUCGCUGGGAAACCUCAAGGGGCGGGAUGACGUCGUGCGCCAGGUUCUGCAGCUCGCCGCCUCCAAAAUUGGCUUCUCCAUUUUCCUGGCGAGCAUGACCCAUAACAAGGAAUGCCAGGAGGGCUAUGACGAGUUCGACGAGUCCGAGGAAUGGACCGUGCUAGACAAUAUGUAUACCCCUCAAGGGAAACUGAUUGCCCACGAGAUUGUUGUCCACACGGACGAGAUCCUCUGCUCACAGCCCUUCUAUGGUGAUGAUAUGGCCGCCGACAGCGAGGAUGAGCCCGAGUAUCUCGGCAACGAGCACGCGCCGGCCCGCUUUAGGUAUCAUGAUUCGGUUCUCGUCAUCUGGGCCAAGAAUAAGCUGGAUUCCCUCCUUGGUUUGGAUCGCGACGGCUUGCUUGUAGAUGCUCUGGUAUCCGAAGUACUGCAUGAUCUGGAGAACCAUCAGGACGGCGACCAAUCUGUGGCCUACGCUACGAGUUUCAUAAAGGCCUGCUGUGAAAGCGCCAGGCACAAACCAGCGUCGACUCUGCCGCGGAUACUAGACUGUGCUUUGGCGGUUAACAGCAGCGCCCUGUACGAAGCAGCUCUGAAAGCUGGCUGCCAUCUGGCCCAUGUUCAGAAAACGCUUGCCCGUCAUAUUGAGCAGGACUUCUCCAGGCGUGCCGAGCCUGGGGACUUUGAAAACGAAGAGUGGAGUAAAUGGCUAGGAGUUGUUGUGAAGAAGGAUAUGAGCCUCACAUCUUUGCAGUCCAUUCUACAUGGCGUGGCAUUCCAUUUUAGCGCUCGCCUGAAACCGUCGUUUCGGAGCUGGGAAGAGGCCACGUUGGAAACCCAGCUCAAGACAAAGCCGCAGCUAGAUUUAGGCGACCAUGACUUUAUCAUGAAACUCAUUCAAGCGCAUCAUGCCGAUAUCGAGUGGCUCUCGACAAGGGUACUUUCAGAGCUAUGCGCGCGCGGCAACAAGGCGUUGCUUCGUCGGGUCCUGGAUACAGUAUUUGAACUGAGAGAGCGUGAAUUCACACCUGACGAGGCCAAAGCUAUUUACCGGCAUAUACUAGGAAACAGCAUCAAGGUCUUCUCGGUUCGCAUCACCGAGUUUGGUGUGGGCUGUUACUCGUCUAGUGCCUUUACCUCGCUGGUGGACCGGAGCCUCGGCUUAGGACUUUCAGACACGCUUUGCCCGAUUUUUGAGGAGAGCCGCAGGGGAUUCCAGGCUGCCGAGCUUCCGCACGAAGCGGAAUACGGCAUCGCCAACUUCCUCCGUGAUCUGGUCAAAGUUGUGCAGAAGAAUGACCAGUCCGUGACGCCGCAAAGUUCAUCAGUGCUGGCAGCUUUCUUUGAAACUGUAUUGACAAGAUUCUUUUUCGACCCGGCGCCAAGCGCUCCCACGGAACGGUUCAAGGGUUGGGCCUCUCCGGCGCAAGGAUGUGGCGACGCGGCCUGCAGCGCCUGCAAGGAGCUGGACGAGUUUCUACUCUCAGAGGACCGCACGACAGUUCGCUCUACGCUGUCGUACAGCCUGGUUUGGCAUGUCCGAGAGCGCGUCAAAAAGGACGGGCUGGUCCGCCUCGAGACGGAGCUCGACGAAUCCGGCGUCGGCAACCGCCAGGUUCUUGUUAUACACAAGGUUCGGACCAUGUUGCAGAUGGACGUGUCUCUCUACGAGUCGAAAAUUCAGGCUCUGGAACGGCAAAUGGAGCCGCUUCAAGGAGAGUGGAUGCGGAAGCUUCUCGGCGAUGCCCUGUAUGGUAAGCUCGUCUUGCUUGAGGGCGUGCGGCAAGAUGCUCAGGGGGGACGGAAGAGGCCCGCUGAGGAGAGUUUAGAGAGCGAUGAGAAGCGUCGUCUAGUUUGA